GAUUUAAUUGUUUGAAUGCCAGAAAAAUGAUUAACAUUCCUAAUCAUAGUCAGUAAAUUAUCAAAUUGACACGUUUUUGUGUGCUCGAAUUUGCUACAACCAAAUAGUUGCCAUUGUCAGUGAGUGUUCUUAACUUUUGUCCAGAAAUGUCCUCAAAGGGGCACCUGAAUGACGAGCAUGGCCGCUCUGAUUCGUACCGGGUCGCUACCGUUCCAACCAAUUACGACGACAACAAAACAGCCGACGGCCAACCAAAGGCACGGAGAAAAGUGCAGAAAAAGCCAAGGAAAGCGGGAGAUUUGGAUGAUCUAAAACAGGAAUUAGAUAUCGAUUAUCAUAAAAUCACACCCGAGGAACUUUAUCAGAGGUUUCAGACUCAUCCAGAAAAUGGUCUUAGUCAUGCAAAAGCAAAAGAAAAUUUGGAACGGGACGGACCCAAUGCUCUAACCCCGCCAAGGACAACGCCCGAAUGGAUAAAAUUCUGUAAAAAUCUCUUCGGAGGUUUCGCUCUCUUAUUGUGGAUUGGUGCAAUCCUGUGCUUCAUAGCCUAUGGAAUCCAGGCGAGUACCGUUGAAGAACCCAACGAUGAUAAUUUGUUCUUGGGUAUCGUACUGGCCGCCGUUGUUAUCGUUACUGGUAUAUUUUCGUACUAUCAGGAGAGUAAAAGCUCGAAAAUUAUGGAGUCCUUUAAAAACAUGGUGCCUCAGUUCGCAAUUGUACUUAGAGAAGGCGAAAAGUUGACCCUUCGCGCCGAAGAUUUGGUUCUGGGCGAUGUCGUGGAGGUGAAAUUCGGAGACCGGAUUCCUGCCGAUAUUCGGAUUAUUGAAACGCGCGGCUUCAAAGUGGACAACUCGUCGCUGACCGGAGAAUCGGAGCCUCAGAGUCGGAGCCCCGAAUUCACUCACGAGAACCCUCUGGAGACGAAGAAUCUGGCCUUCUUCUCCACCAACGCCGUUGAAGGCACCGCCAAAGGUGUUGUUAUUAGUUGCGGAGACAAUACUGUAAUGGGCCGAAUCGCUGGUCUCGCCUCCGGCCUCGACACCGGCGAAACUCCCAUCGCCAAAGAAAUUCAUCACUUCAUCCAUCUUAUUACUGGCGUAGCCGUUUUCCUAGGAGUCACGUUCUUUUUAAUUGCCUUCAUUCUGGGUUAUCACUGGUUGGAUGCUGUUAUUUUCCUCAUCGGUAUCAUCGUGGCCAAUGUUCCAGAAGGAUUGCUGGCCACCGUCACUGUAUGCCUCACCCUCACAGCCAAGCGGAUGGCCUCAAAGAACUGCCUAGUUAAGAAUUUAGAGGCUGUAGAAACUCUGGGCUCAACCAGCACAAUUUGCUCAGACAAAACCGGUACUCUCACUCAGAACCGAAUGACUGUGGCACACAUGUGGUUUGAUAAUCAGAUUAUCGAGGCCGACACGACUGAGGAUCAGUCGGGCGUUCAAUACGAUCGAACCAGUCCCGGGUUCAAAGCGCUUUCUCGUAUCGCUACCCUUUGCAAUCGUGCUGAGUUCAAGCCUGGUCAGGAUGCCGUUCAGAUUCUGAAGCGUGAAGUGAAUGGCGAUGCAUCUGAAGCCGCGCUGCUUAAAUGUAUGGAGCUGGCGUUGGGCGAUGUGAUGAGCAUUCGGCGCAAGAACAAGAAGGUUUGCGAGAUCCCCUUCAACUCGACCAAUAAGUAUCAAGUGUCUGUGCACGAGAAUGAAGAUCCCAACGAUCCACGUCAUAUUUUGGUAAUGAAGGGCGCCCCCGAGCGCAUUCUGGAACGCUGCAACACAAUCUUUAUCUGUGGCAAGGAGAAAGUCCUGGACGAGGAGAUGAAGGAGGCAUUCAACAAUGCGUAUUUAGAGCUGGGCGGUUUGGGUGAACGAGUGCUGGGAUUCUGCGAUUUUAUGAUGCCUUCCGACAAGUACCCAAUUGGCUAUAAAUUUAACAGUGACGACGCCAACUUUCCCUUGGACGGACUGCGAUUUGUUGGGUUGAUGUCCAUGAUUGAUCCACCUCGAGCUGCCGUUCCGGACGCUGUGGCUAAAUGCCGAAGUGCCGGCAUCAAGGUCAUCAUGGUUACCGGCGAUCAUCCCAUCACGGCCAAAGCCAUCGCCAAAUCAGUCGGAAUCAUAUCUGAAGGAAACGAGACCAUUGAAGACAUUGCGCAACGUUUGAACAUCCCCGUCUCCGAAGUCAACCCGAGAGAGGCUAAGGCUGCAGUGGUUCACGGCUCCGAUCUGAGGGAUUUGUCUUCGGAUCAGUUGGACGAGAUCUUGCGGUACCAUACUGAGAUUGUGUUUGCCAGAACGUCCCCGCAGCAGAAACUGAUUAUUGUUGAGGGUUGUCAGCGAAUGGGCGCCAUUGUUGCUGUUACCGGUGAUGGUGUUAACGAUUCGCCCGCACUGAAGAAGGCGGAUAUCGGCGUGGCCAUGGGCAUUGCCGGAUCGGACGUGUCGAAACAGGCUGCCGACAUGAUUUUGCUAGACGACAAUUUCGCUUCAAUUGUAACGGGAGUGGAGGAGGGUCGGCUCAUCUUCGACAACUUGAAAAAAUCCAUUGCCUACACUCUGACCUCGAACAUUCCCGAAAUUUCCCCAUUCCUGGCCUUUAUCCUGUGCGACAUUCCACUGCCACUCGGCACCGUUACCAUCCUUUGCAUUGAUCUUGGAACCGACAUGGUGCCUGCUAUUUCUUUGGCCUACGAGGCUCCGGAGAGCGACAUAAUGAAAAGGCAACCUCGCGACCCAUACAGGGACAACCUGGUUAACCGCAGAUUGAUUUCAAUGGCUUAUGGACAAAUCGGAAUGAUCCAGGCAGCUGCCGGAUUCUUCGUCUACUUUGUCAUUAUGGCUGAGAAUGGAUUUUUGCCGAUGAAACUGUUUGGUAUCAGAAAGCAGUGGGAUUCGAAAGCUAUCAAUGAUUUGCCCGAUUCCUAUGGGCAGGAAUGGACCUACAAGGAUAGAAAAGUUUUGGAAUACACUUGCCAUACCGCGUUCUUUGUCUCCAUUGUGAUUGUGCAAUGGGCAGAUUUGAUCGUCUGCAAAACCAGACGCAACUCGAUUGUGCAUCAGGGCAUGAGAAACUGGGCUCUAAAUUUCGGACUCGUUUUCGAAACCGCUCUGGCUUGCUUCCUGUCCUACACACCAGGAAUGGACAAGGGACUUCGCAUGUUCCCGCUAAAGUUUGUGUGGUGGUUGCCAGCAAUUCCCUUCAUGCUCUCGAUCUUUAUCUACGACGAGGUGAGAAGGUUCUACAUAAGACGUAACCCUGGAGGGUGGUUAGAGCAGGAGACCUACUACUAAUCGCCUCAGCUAGCCCUAUACUGCCACCUGGUGGGCGCCGCCGGUCGCUGUCUAGUUGUUUCGAUAGCAGGGACCUCGUGUUAAGAUCGCAUGCACACACAACAUCAACAUCAAUAUUAACAACAAGAAAGAGCCGAGAUCAGGGCAAAACCCGCCGGUUUUGAAUGACGUCGUUCUCUAUCGAUUGUUGUACAAAUCAUGUUGCUAUUUCUAGAACACUUGCUGCUUUUAACGCAGCCAUAUAAAAUAAUAAUUGUGCGGAGUCGAUCUUAAAUAUAUUUAUAGGUUAUAACUAUAUGCAUGCGCGGAUCGCCUGCGCACAAACUAGUUUAUGAAAUAAUUAAGGAUAAUUUAACUAAUAUUAUGAGUAAUAGAUUUUGCGACAGUGUCACGUACCAUUUGUUCAUAUAGGAAGUCAGAGCAUACUUUACUACCCCGAUAAAGCAGAGCUGUCCGCAAUAACGUUUUCAUACAUUCCAUUUUUGAAAACUACAGUUGCCUUAGUGCUGUCAGUCAUUUGCGGUCUGAGGGUGUGGGUGGGCGUCGUCCUGGUUGCCUGUUAACGGACGCUCAUCUCUCCCUUCUCCCGGUCUUGUCCGGACUCGUGUGCGCCGUUCGGACAAACGAUUUAGUAUUAUUUAGGCUUUCAACACUUAGGUUAGCUAGGAUGUAACUGUGUUGUUAAAUUGUAUUAACUGUCAUACCAGUCGUGCUCAAUACACAUGACUAACUAUUAUCAUAUUUAUAAACGUUCGGACGAAAAUCGCCGUUACUGUGAAGUCUAGCCAGGCAAUGAGUGUGCGGCGGAGAGUCUCCUAAAGCGUUCCGUCUUGCUUGUUCCAAGUAUUAUGUUUGGUGGAUUCAAAAUUUUCAAAAGUAUCACCACUAUACUAGGUAUGCUUUCGUAGCGUGUUCUUUUCUAGUUGAAACGAUUUAAGCCUGCUGGUCUGAGACCAGGUGACCACAGUAUCAUUAUUAUUGUAAAUAUUUUUAUGUAAGUCACUUAAUUAUUUUUCUGCUUCUGUUCUUUUCACAUUCAUAUUUUAGUACGUAAUGAUGCUGUAUAAAUUUGGGUUUUAAUAAAAUGGAUGAUAGUGUUA